CAAACAUCGAGAUAACCGACUAUAAGUCUCUAAACAUGAAGACCUCAUUCAUUUCCCAGCUGCUAUCGCUGACAGCGUUGGCAAUAUCCGCCAACCUUUCUUAUGGCCUCCCUCUCUCCGAACGAGAUCUGAGACUCUUCGAGGAGCGUUACAUUAACUCAUUGGACUAUUCGCUCGGUAACGACACUGUUAAAUUAGUCGGGUACAAAACGAUCAAGAUCCCCGCUGAAGAGCUAGACGACCUGAACGACCAUUACAACAAGCACCCAGAUGUGUGGAAAAACUUGCCAAACUACUUCUACGAUCAGGGGUCUGGCACACUGCGGGCCUACUUCCCAGUCGACGGAGCGCUUGUUGAGCAUGACGGCCAGCACCACGAGGCAAACUCACUGGGCGAGUUGGACCUCGCCAAAGUUAACGGCGACAGUUCUGUUCUGGGCCGAAGGCAGACCGAAUCUAUCACGGGUGUUGAGGGCAAUAUCAUCAAAGAUGGUAUUAUUUACCUCGAGAAGGCUGCAAAGCCACAUGCUCAGUAUGGUAAAGUGCUCGUCUAUGACUUCGGUGAAAAGAUUGUCCUCGACCAUCAUCAUGGCAGCCACUCGAAGCGAGAGGGAAAGAAAUCGUGCAUGAACAAUCAUGGCGGUCCGAACUGCAGCGACAAAUUCAAUAUUCACAACAAUAAGUGCAAGAAGAGACAUGAUAUCUGCAUGGACUACAACGGAUGGUUCUCGAACUGCAAGAAGAAUGGCUCGACCUGGAGGAACUUCCCUGGUAGUGACUGUGAUAAGGCACUGGGCCGCGGCAAGUGCUGGAAUGAGGUUAUGUGAGAUGUUCUUGGCUGUCUGGUGUCUUGUUCGUGGUCGGUAUGGAGGCGUUAGUUAUGGUGCCCAGUUGGACUUGGGGAGGGGAGCCUUCUUCCUGUAUAUAGAUGUCUCAAUGAUAACGCUCUGCCAAGCAUUUGUUACAUGAUUACAGUGGUUUCUCUCUUGAUAUCUCAGGUAUCCAGUGGAAAUGAUUCAUGUAGAUCGUUUGAUCUGCCAGCAGAAAAUCGUCCUCGUAAACCUGGUUCGGAUGCAGAGGGGAGCCAUUUUCGGCGUCGUUUUGGUCACAGCGUCUUCAACAGGACGAGACGAGGAUGACUGCCAGUCCCGUGUGGGUGCAGAAUAAAGGGCAGAACAUGGUGGACGGUCAAGCAGCGGCUCGCUGCCUUAAAGUUACGGGUGGAAAGGCGGCCCGGCCGGCCCGUUUCUGGCGCCAAAGGCUGUCAUUUUCAGCGACGUUUUCACAGGUCCCUCUAUACUACUUGUAGUGUACUGGGCCAUGGGUGAUGCUUGCGGCACCGCCGACCAGCAACAGUUCACGCCGAAGUUUUGGUCGGACGAUGUGAGUGAUUGCUUGAAAGCAGUCGACAAGUGCCUUUUGGAGGGGUGCCG